AUGUCUAAAUAUGGUGUGAAACAUAAUAUUUCCAUAGCAUACCUUCCUCAAACUAACGGUCUUGCUGAGGUAUCUAACAGGGAAAUCAAACAUAUUCUUGAAACAACAGUUCGAAUUAACAAGAAGGAUCGGUCUCUCAAGUUAGAUGAUGCAUUAUGGGCUUACCGCAUAGCUUUCAAGACUUCAAUUGGUACUUCACCAUAUAAAUUGGUGUUUGGGAAGGCUUGUCACUUACCGGUGGAGCUAGAGAAUAAAGCUUAUUGGACUAUCAAAAAGUUAACAUUUGAUCCACAAAAGGUGGGAGAGAAGCGAUUGUUGGAACUUGUUGGGUUGGAAGAGUUUCGUGAUCAAGCUUAUGAGAAUGCCAAGUUGUACAAAGAAAGAACUACUAGAUGGCAUGACAAGAAGAUCAUUCACCAUACAUUUUAUCCUGGACAAAGAGUUUUUCUUUUUAAUUCACGUUUACGCUUGUUUCCAAGUAAACUCAAGACUAGAUGGUUAGGACCAUUUGUGGUGGUAAAAGUUUCUCCUCAUGGAGCUGUGGAAGUGCAAGGGAAGAUGGAUCGAGAUUCAAAGUCAAUGGUCAAAGACUUAAGAAUUAUUGUGGUAAUGAAGAAAGAAAGAUAG